CUUCUCAGAAGGGGGGGGGUUCUGCUGAACGUGGCGAGGAAGACAGAACAAGACUGGAAAACUGAGAAUAGGGAAGUGAUAUCUGCCACAAAGUGACAUCCUGCGGUCUGCUGGUGUUCUGGUUCCUCUGUCUGUAGCACCUGGAGAAUUAUGGAGGUGGUGAAAAACAUCUUUAUAGCCGCAAAAGUGAUCUACGACCAGUGCGACCAGGCUCAGACUAAUAAGAAGCGCUGCUACCGUCUGAGGAGAAGAACUGAACUUCUCCUGGGUGCAGUCGAGAAACUAAAAGAUGACCCAGAAAAAUCCAAAGAAUUGGAGAGGACGUUGUGUGAGCUGCUGGUGAACCUGCAGAAUGCCCAGCGCUGGGUGACGAAGUACUCCAGGCGCGGCUGGUGGCGGCAGAUUCUGCAGGCCGGGGGCAUUCAGAACAAGUUCACCCACAUCAGCGAGCAGCUGAGCGACACUGCCCAAACCCUCCAGGUCCUGCUCCAAGUGGAACACAGACCAACCUUUCUUAGCUGCUUUCAGGACGAAAAACUGAGGAACCAGAAUCUGAAGGACAUUGAAGAGGACCUGAGCAAGCUGAUGCCCCUAAUAGAGAAAGAGAUGGCGUCUCUAAGUGUCAAGAUGGAUGCAAGCCUACAGAAGACGCAGCUCCUGUUACAAGCUGAGAUUGUCCGACCGUGGGAUAUAAAGGAGAUUCGAGCUACAGAUCUGAGGCGCGGAGACCUGCUGGAGAUCCCCGGCAUGAUGAAGAACGACGCCUCCAGCUUGUACUUGGGAGAAUAUCACAAGAGCCCGGUGGUGAUCAAAGUCUUAAAGGGAGCGCUGACCACUGACGAUGGCUACAUAAGGAAGACCUUCGAGUCCGAGAGCAAGACCAUGAAGAAAUAUGAAUGUCUGAAUAUCUUACGUCUUUACGGCAUCUGCAUCGAUAACUCGAGCGGAGACCCCUGCUACUCCCUUGUGAUGGAAUACUGUGAGAAAGGAAGCCUGAGAGAGCUGCUGAGGCGAGAGCCAGACCUGUCAUGGGAGCGCCGUGUUCAAAUGUCACUAGAUGCGGCCCGAGCCUUGUACCGGUUACAUCAGACAGAGAUGAAGGCCAUCCUGCACGGGAGUCUGAGUAGCGCCAAGUUCCUGGUGGACGGGACGUACUGUGUGAAGUUAUCGGGGUUUGAGUUUUCUAAGACUGAAUCGUCUAUGAGAAGGAAUCCGGUGAAAAGCAGAUCAGAGAUCAGUGAGCUGGUGUACAUCGCCCCCGAGACAUGGCAGGACAUCAACUCCUACGACAAACGCAGUGAGAUUUACAGUUUAGGAGUGGUGAUUUUUGAGAUUGCGGUUGGUGGAUUCCCAUUACAACAUGAAAGCACCGUUCUGCAGAACACGGGUUCUUCUGCAGAGAAUCUUGAAGUCAUUCACCAGGAACUAUGUGCAGCGGUGGACGUCGACCUCCCUACCUCAUGUCCUCCUGUUCUUCGAGACGUCAUUAAAAAGAGCCAAGCGAAGGACCCGAGAAGUCGUCCCUCAGCCGGAGCGAUUGCAGAUCUCUUGCUCGCCUACUAGACGGAGACCUGCGCCUGGGCCACCUGGUGCUGCCUAUGUAUUCACACCCCUCGGAAAAGACAGACGCAAAUACUACAGAUACACGCAUUCCCAGGGCGGAGGAGCCUGCGGCAGUCACGUCGACUGCCCCAAAGAUGCUGAGACUCCGCAUGGAGUACGGGAGCCUUUCAUGGCUGCACACGCCACAUCUGUCCUGCUGCUGCAUACCGCUAUUAAAUAUAUUCAUUAU